CAUAUGUCAGACUACUUCGACGACAGCAUUUCCAGGAAACCGAAGAGCAAGACCGGCCAACCGAGGAAGAAAGAGACCAGGAAGUGACAGCAGUACUAAUGGAGACUCUGCUGUACACAUGCAAUUGGCAGCAACGUGAACUGCUUGCCACGCGGCAGGUCCUCAUCCGCCAUGAAACAACACUCAAGGCACUGGACAAGAGGAUCGCGACCCUGCAGGCCGAGAACAGCUCACUACAAGCCGCCAGCAGCCAACAGCAGACGCUGAACAGCCAGCAGCAGACACUUAACCAUCAGCUGCAGGCAGAUAUCAGCAACGGGUUGGCACAGCUGUCAUCAGCUGCGUCAACGGGCAAUGCAGCAGUCGACUGCAGCCCAGCUUUGGCCGCACAGGCAAAGCAAUUGGAGGAGCGCGUCAAUCAUUUAGUCGCAUCCCUCGGCGACAUCAGCAAGUUUACUGGAGCGUCGACAGUCAGCAAUCAGCUGCAGACGCUCAGCGACCGCGUUGACCAACGACCGGCCGCUGCCGCCAAGGAAUGGAAGAUGCCAAACUUCAAGAUCGAGAAGUUCGACGACUAUCUCAAGACGGACCCGCUGCAAUGGUGGAUGGCCUUCAACGCUGAGGCGGAUGUACAUCAUACACCCACCCAUCGACGGCUGGACGCUCUAUACCUCCAACUCAUUGGAGGAGCGCAGGUCUUCAUGACGCAUAUGGCGGUCACAUUGGAGUGCACCAUCGCCACCCUCCACACCAAGAUCACCUGGGAGGAAUUCGAGAAGAAGUGGAAGACCCGGUUCAUGGUCAACAACGACAAGCGUCACGCCAUGAACAAGAUCUUCCGCAUCUACCAAGGACAGCAAACAUCACGGGAAUGGCUGACGGAGUGGCAAAGACUCGUCGCCACCCCGGAGUUGGGCUUACCAUUCGACGCAACCCGGGCUGAAUUCUUCGCUCGGUCAUGCGACGCUUUGACCGCCGCGCUUGGUACCGAAUUCCAAUAUGAGACCUUUGAUGAGCUGAUUUCAAAGGCAAGAGACCUGAUCCAAGGUAACCGGCGCGCGGCCAACGAGACCCGCCAACAGCCCGGUUACGUGGAGAAAGGCAAGGGACAACGGACGCCGCAAGUAGCAGCAGUCCARCAAGGAACUAGUGAGGACCACGCAGCCGCUUCAACAUCAAGUGAUGGAGAUUGCCUGCCUCGACAAGGACAAGGAAAAUGUCAAGCGUUCGGGCUCGGGAAACUGAGCACCGCGGGAAGUGCAACGACAACAUUUCCCAGUCCGCCGGAGUCGGCUGCCUUGCUAGCAGCCACUCUCGCAUCCGGGGACAUCACGGUAGUCGCAAGUUCUCGCGUUGAGUACGAGAACUAUGCUGUCGAGCUGGUCCCACCGUUGAACCAGCCUCUCCACGUGCAAGAUUCAAGCGUAUGCGCGGAAGUUCCGCCGUCAAACAACGAACCGGUCGCUUCGCCAGCCCUUUUAUCAGAGGAUCCGUCAACUUGGACGAGACUUGAGGAUCUCGAUCCGUUGACGGUUGAGGACUUCCAAUGGUUGCCUCUUCCCUCCACCGGUUCCUUGCCAAUUCCGCAUUGCAAUGCCCUGAUGGCACAUCUACGCGAAUACUUGCACGCUGCAGUACCACCUCCGUCGACGGACGGCGGAGUAGCGGUUGUUGAUCUUUGUAAUUAUCUUGCGAAGAUCGACCGCGAGUACGCAACGCAACGGUACGUCGACAACGACGCGCCGCUCCUCUACAUCCACAUUCAGAUCGGAAAGGCGACCUGCAGUGCCUUGAUCGAUUGUGGAGCGGCUCGCAACUACAUCAGCCAAGACUUCAUGGCACGCGCCGGGCUCGGCCCGCGCGUUCGAAGGAAAAGUCAGCCUACGCACGUCACGUUGGCCGAUGGUCACACACAAAAGUCAAUCGACCGCUGCGUUGACUCGGUGCCCAUGUACUUUGCGCCGCUAGCAAGCGAGGCCGUGUCUUUCGACAUAUUGGACACCAAGUUCGAUAUGAUCCUCGGCAUGUCGUGGCUGCAAAGCGAAGACCACCCGGUGAACUUCCAUCGUCGCACCGCUCACGUUCGUGAUCGGCAUGGUGAACUAGUCCCGUGUACGGUGACGCUUCCUCAUCCUUCGAUUGGUUGUCACGUGGUAUCCGCGGCGAGCAUUCGCCAAUCCAUCCGACGGGACGACAUCGAGGAAAUGGGCAUAUGUUUUCUUCACGCCCUCCCACCCGGUGAUCAGCCCAAGACGGAUACGUCGGACCCACGCAUCAUUGAGCUGUUGGACAGCUAUAAGGAUGUCUUUCAAGCUCCCGCCGGAGUCAUACCGGAUCGGCCCAUACGCCACGGGAUCACUCUCGAGGACGGCGCCGUACCUCCGCGCGGAUGUAUCUACCGCAUGAGCGAAGAGGAACUACAAGUGCUUCGGGCACAACUAGACGACCUUUGGCCAAGGGCUGGAUUCGCCCUAGCUGACCUUCGUUUGUGCAUCGAUUAUCGUAAACUCAACGCACAAACGAUCAAGAACGCCGGCCCUCUCCCUCGGAUCGAUGAUCUUCUCGAGCGACUCGGCGGCGCCAAGUACUUCUCGAAGCUUGACCUCAAGUCCGGUUAUCACCAGAUCGAGAUUCAGCCAAGAGAUCGGUACAAAACCGCUUUCAAGAUGCGGUAUGGGCACUUUGAGUGGAUCGUCAUGCCUUUCAGUCUCACCAAUGCCCCGACUACUUUCCAAGCGGCUAUGACGACGGAAUUUCCCGACUUACUCGACCGCUCCGUACUCAUUUACCUUGAUGACAUCUUGGUUUACAGUCGGUCGCUGGACGAGCAUCUCGAGCACCUUUGCGCCGUAUUGGAGUGGCUUUGUAUCGCCAAGUACAAGGCAAACCGCGACAAGUGCGAGUUUGCCCAGCAAGAGCUGGAGUACUUGGGCCAUUAUGUCACGCCGCAAGGCAUUCGUCCGCUCGCGGACAAGUUACAAGCUAUUCAAGAUUGGCCGGACCUCAAGUGUACUACCGACGUCCACUCCUUUCUCGGCUUGGCAUCGUACUACAUGCGCUUCGUCAAAGGAUUUCAACGUAUCGCUGCACCAUUGUCGCGACUUCAGUCCCCCUUGGUGCCUUUCGAGUUCAUCGACGAGGCUCGACAUGCGUUUCACACGCUGAAGACGGCUUUGCUUCAAGCUCCCGUCUUAAGCAUCUAUGACCCGACGUUGCCUACCAAAGUGACUACGGACGCUUCCGGUUACGGCAUUGGCACGGUUUUGGAACAGCAUGAUGGCACAAACUGACAUCCGGUUGAGUACUUCAGCCAAAAGGUG